GCCACGACUGCGUAAACAGAAAUAAAGUCCAGUGUCCGAGUAUUGAGGGGAUCAGUGAGACAAGACCAAGACCGGAAUACCCAACUGAAGAUCUACACACGGUAUACAACAAUGAAGUUACUAGUAGUUCUGUUGUGUAGUUUGGUAGUACUACACUACGUGUCGUCCACUACUUUGGAAAAAAAGAAACGAACGUUUGGUGCGGAAGGUGAUACCUCAAGUGACUCCAGUAGCAGUGGUAGUAAGUCAGAAGAAACAAAAAGCAGUGGUCACUCAAGUGGUUCAAGUGUUAAGUCAAGUAGCUCGGAAAGCAGUAGUUCUAAUAGUACUGGCUCUAGUAGCAGUCGUAGUUCAAGUGGCUCUAGUAGCUCUCCAAGUGAUAGUUCAAAGAGCUCCAGUGGAAGUUCUAAGUCAAGUAGCUCGGAAAGCAGUGGUUCUAAUAGUACUGGCUCCAGUAACAGUCGUAGUUCAAGUGGCUCUAGUGGCUCUCCAAGUGAUAGUUCAAAGAGCUCCAGUAGAAGUUCUAAGUCAAGUAGCUCGGAAAGCAGUGGUUCUAAUAGUACUGGCUCCAGUGGCAGUCGUAGUUCAAGUGGCUCUAGUAGCUCUCCAAGUGAUAGUUCAAAGAGCUCCAGUGAAAGUUCUAAGUCAAGUAGCUCGGAAAGCAGUGGUUCUAAUAGUACUGGCUCCAGUGGCAGUCGUAGUUCAAGUGGCUCUAGUAGCUCUCCAAGUGAUAGUUCAAAGAGCUCCAGUGGAAGUUCUAAGUCUAGUAGCUCGGAAAGCAGUGGUUCUAAUAGUACUGGCUCCAGUGGCAGUCGUAGUUCAAGUGGCUCCAGUAGCAGUGGUGGGUCAAGUGGAUCAAGCAGUAGUGGUAGUUCUUCAAGUAGCUCUGGUAGCUCUUCAAGUGAUAGUUCAUCUGAAGAACCCACAAACCCUCCUCCAAUUGAUGGAUGUGAAGUACAUGGUCCAGUAUGUUCUUGUAUAGAGUAUAAAAUAUUUCUGCAAAAGAAGUGCUGGUGGGAAGCAGCAGCUGCAUGCCAAGCUGAUGGAGGAAUGCUUGCAACUGUGGACACUCCCAUUGCAUUCUUUCACAUUUCGGUAACAAUCACAGAUGGCGAUGCCGUAGAAAUGAUUGACGAUGGUUUAUGGAUUGGGUUGAAUGACAUAAUGAUGGAAGGGACAUAUUCUUGGAUUGAUGGCAGUGUUGUUACCCCAGGGGAUUGUUAUGAAAACUGGUACGGUGCACAAGGAAAUAACAUGAAUGACUGUAUAUCUGUCAGGGAAGACACGUACUAUAAAUGGCAGGAGGAUAACUGCAUGGAUGAAAAAGGAUACAUAUGCAUGUACUUCAACUGUGAUGACCAGGAUGACUGUCAAUCCUGUGCUGAGGUACCUGAUUACAUGAUUCCAAUGCCCGGCGGUGGAGAUUAAAUUAGAGGCACAAAAACCUUACUCAUGAAUGUUAUUCGCUUGUCUACGACUUUGACAAGUUCCGACUUAUUAUAAUGCACACAAGACAACAUGAACAUAGGCAUAUUUUAUUGCACAUGCACCUAUACGUGGUAUAAUAAAAAGGCAAUUGAAAAGCACUUAAAAGAA